CAUUAACAUUCUAAACAAGAAUCCAAUUAACUAGAUCGAUUUACACAAAAUGAAGUUAAUCCCACUCUUUUGUCUGUUCACUUUCACUAUCUCCGCACACAUUGUCUUUAGCCAAAACACAAGUAGUCCUGAUCCACUAUACCAUAUCUGUUUGGGCGGACAAAACUAUUCCAGUUCUUAUGGUACAAAUUUGCAGGCUUUAUUCAGUUCAUUCUCUGUCACUGUUCCUCCAACUGGCUUUGGUCUUGGCUCUAUAGGAGAAGGCGCAGAUCGUAUUAAUGGAUUCGGACUUUGCCGAGGUGACGUAGAAUAUCAUGAUUGUAAUACAUGUUUAGCUACAGCAACUAGUGAGAUUCAUAAACGUUGUCCUUACAACAAAGGAGCUGUCAUAUGGUAUGAUAAUUGCGCAGUUAAGUACUCAGAUGAGAAAUUCUUUGGUAAGAUUGAUGGUACAAACAAGGUUUACUUAUUGAAUGUGAACAAUGUAAGUGAUCCAAAUGCUUUUAAUAAGAAAGUAAGAUAUUUGAUUACGAGUUUAUCAGAGAAGGCUGUAGUUCCCAGCAUGAACCUGUUCGCGACCGGAGAAGUGGCGUUGGGAGGAUAUUCUGAUGAGAAGUUGUAUGGGUUAGUUCAAUGCAGUCGGGAUUUGUCAUCAAGUGAUUGCAAGAAGUGUUUAGAUGAUGCACUGAAUGAGUUACCAAAUUGUUGUGAAGGUAAAAGAGGUGGCAGAGUUAUUGGUGGAAGCUGCAACAUUCGAUAUGAAUUGUACCCUUUUGUCAGGCUUAAAGUCAUAACAUACAGAUCGUCAGUCGUACCUUGAGUCACAUUUACUAAGCUUUUAUACCAAUAUUUUGUAUUUGCAUUCACUAUAAUAAAGUUCUCAUU